CGGGCCAAUGCGUGCUACCCUGUAAAUCUGUAGUUUACUCCCCCACUUCAUAUCCCACCAUCUCUCUCUUUCUCUCCCGUUCAAACAGAAAACAAAGCACUAAACAGAGCUGAUUCUCUUCAAAAUUCCUCGUCAAUGGGAGUAUAUUCUUUCUAGCUGAAGAAGAAUAUUAAUACCGACAUUUUCUUCUUAAAGAAUUUUAUUUGUCUUCACAUCAACCGGAAGAACAAUUGGGAACGGAAUUUUGUAGAUGGCGGCUACAAAUCCGGUGACGAACAACACAGACGCACCACGUGAUGCAUCGAAGCGGAGAAAGAAGAAGAAAAUGCUAAAACAAUUUAGCAGCAUAAGAAAUCAGGUGCCGGAAAACAUGAAUAAUGACCACGACGAGAUUACGUCAUGGAAAUCAGAAGAUCGACAGGAAGCAUAUAGCUCCAAACUCUUCGAAGCUCUCCGCCAUCUCCGGCUGAGCUCCGGUACGUCUUCACAUUCUGUUUCGCUUCGUGGACGUGCGGUUCGUGAAGCCGCUGACCGUGUCCUUGCAAUGGCGGCGAAAGGGCGGAGUCGAUGGAGCCGAGCGAUUCUCUCAAACAAACUGAAGCAUAAAUUCAUGAAGAGUAAUCUGAGGCAAAGAGGUGCCAUUGCGACGGCGACCGGUAAAAGUCGGUUUAAGAAGCCGAGAAUGGGUAUUUUGAGGUUGAAGUCCAUGAAUUUACCGGCGGUGAAGCGGAAAACACGUGAUCUCGGGAGGUUAGUUCCCGGCUGCCGGAAACAGCCUUUCCCUAUUGUAUUAGAAGAAGUAGCCGAUUAUAUUGCAGCUCUUGAGAUGCAAGUUAAAGCCAUGGCUGCACUCGCUAGCAUUUUCUCAGCCGGCUCUAGUUCUGGCCCUGGCUUUGCCACCGGAGCCGUGAAUCGAAAUCAGCUCAGUCUUAGCCGGCCACCACCAAGCUCGUGAUAUUUUUCCUCUAUCCCUUUUUUUCUAUUUACUACUAUUUUAGAGUAAAUUACACUAUUGGUCCCUGAUUAUAGCUGAUGUUUAUAAUUUUAGCCUUUUUUUAUUGUAACGUUGGUCCCUAUUUAUUGUAAUGUUUUUGGUCUUA